CCUGUUCCGCUUGAUGUUUGCUCGAAGAGGGAGUUGUAGGUCGAACCAAAGCUCGCUCUCAGGGUUUGUGACCAGAUCGCUCCCGAACCAUGACGACCUCCCGGAUGCUCAGCGCUUUGGCCGCCCUGACGGUAUUGUUGCUGUGCGUGUCCUCGUUCUCGCAAGCUGCGGAUGAGCACGUCACCGUGCUCACGGAGUCCAAUUUCGAACAACAUGUUGGCGGUGACAAGGGCGCCCUUGUGGAGUUUUACGCGCCUUGGUGUGGACACUGUAAGAAGUUGGCUCCCGAGUACGAGAAGCUUGGUGAAGCACUUACGGGCCAAAAAAGCGUUUUGAUUGCGAAGGUGGAUUGUGAUGAUCACAAGUCGGUGUGCAGCAAGUACGGGAUCCAGGGAUUUCCUACAAUCAAGUGGUUUCCUAAAGGAUCCUUGGAGCCUAAAGACUACAAUGGUGGUCGCACUACGGAUGCACUUUUGGAAUUCGUAAACAAUGAAGCGGGUACUAAAGGAAAGGUUUCUACACCUCCUUCAGAAGUUGUGGUACUCGACCCGACGAAUUUUGAUAAGAUCGUUAUGGAUACUACGAAAGAUGUCCUUGUGGAAUUCUAUGCCCCUUGGUGUGGUCACUGCAAGAGUCUCGCCCCUGUUUAUGAGAAAGUUGCUGCGGCUUUUAAGUUGGAGAAUGAUGUUGUGGUUGCCAACGUUAAUGCCGAUGCUCACAGGGCUCUUGGUUCAAGGUUCGGAGUGUCUGGCUAUCCUACCUUGAAAUUUUUUCCCAAGAACAACAAAGACGGUGAAGAUUAUGAUGGCGGUCGUGAUGUGGACGCAUUUGUGACUUUCUUGAACAAGAAAGCCGGGACUGCCCGCACCUCUUCAGGAGGCUUGAGUAAUGACGCUGGGAUCUUGUCAGCCUUUGAUGAUAUCCUUACCGAAUUUUUCUCCGCCAAACCCGAGGAGCGUAGCGGUAUUCUUUCUAAGGGAGAGGAAACAGCUGUCAGCCUGGAAGGGAAAGCAGCCGGGUACGCAAAAGUGUAUUUGAAGGCUUUGAAGAGCAUCAUUGAUAAAGGUGAAGGAUAUGCAAAGAAGGAAGCAGAUAGACUCACUCGCAUUUUGUCCGGGUCCGUCAACCCAAGCAAGGUGGACGAGUUUAUAGUAAAGAAGAACAUAUUGUCAACUAUUGCUGAGAAACAAUGAAGGUUAGUCAGAGAGUUGGUAAUGAGGAAUCUUAAAAAAGAAGCUGCUCAAUAGAAGAUCAAAUUUUUUAAAUGUUUUGUCGUAGAUUCCUUCCCUGCUCUCUGGUAAACUUCAUGAGGAUAAUCAUUCAUGAGGUGGUGACACUCAUGAAUGUUUUGCAGGCUUGAUCUGUCUGCCCCGCUGCACUUAUUGGUGGUGAUGAGGCUAUCUCAGAAGUAUAGAUUUAGGUUUCCACGCUGGACUAGCCAGCAUAUCAUCUUUUGAAAUGGAGGAGCGACAUCCAUGCUAAUGUUCUGUAUCUAUUGAAGUUCUUUUGAAAUUGCAAGGACAUCCAAUACCGAUCUUGAGUGCA